AUGUAUGUCGAUCACUGUCGGGAUGUUUUUCUCGAGAAUAUUAGAAAGCUGUCAAGGACAGAAACGUACUGCAUAGAUGUUUGGUUCCAUGGAGACUGUAUUCUCUGGGCUCCAGAUGUACAGAUGAGGGGAAAUCAGUUGACAAUGCUGGAAGAGAAACUUCAUGAAUUUUGGAAACAGACUUGUUGGAUAUGUAAGAACUCUGGAGCGGCCAUCAAUGUAGACAAUAGAUUUGUGCACUUCCCAUGUGCGAAGAAGCAUGGCUACAAAAUGGAUCGGUUUCUACUUAGCAUCACUUCUUAA